CUCUUCCCUGCCUUUUCCUCCGACUGGUGAGAAGUUCAACAGAGAGACUGCCUGAUCCUAGAUUUGCUUCUGGGACCCCUCUUCCUCGUCUUCUUCCCCCUCCAUCUCUCCCUUGGUCUGAUCCCCCCUCUUGUCUGGUCUAUACCUCUCUAUACUCUUCUUUUCUAUCUACUGCCACGCACGGUAUAUACCUACAAGCCAGACCCAACUUGGGAGUCUGGAUUGCUGUCGCUGCUGUUUUCUCUGCACGACUACUCUUUGGGAUCUUAUCUUUGUUACAAAGCGCCUGUUUGCCUUUGGUCGCGGCCUUUAUCAUUCAAGAUGCCUUCCAUCAAGCCUAUUCUCCAUCCUCUCAAGACGCCCGGCACUAUUACGUUCCCCUCCGAACUUCACACAGACUCCAGCGUUGGCUCUGGAAGGAAUGGAGAUGGCAUAUCGACCCCAAUUACACCACCUGCGGCCUACACCGAAUUCCUCAAGGCGUUCACCCCCAUCUUCUCUAGCCCUUCUAGUGCAGGAGGAGUAGAUUUCUCCAAGUAUACAUUCGAUAGACCCAGCACCUAUUCGCCCAGGUCACAGCCUGCAAGCGCAGUCAGCGGCUCCUUCAACUUCAACGAGCCAGCAAGAUCAGCUACUGCCUCUCUUCCUCCUACUCCCUUUUCACAUCCUUAUCCCCGCCGAGAGAUGAGCAACUUGCGCCGAUUACGCAUUCCGCCGUCGAUUAGAUAUUCGCCAACAUCCGCAGAGCCUCCAAGGAGCGCAACGAGCGUUAGAUCUCCAUAUUCUCCUUCAGAUUGGAGGCUACGCUACUAUGAAGGCCCACGCAGUGCAAACCCUCGAAGCUCAGGCAAUAAAAUGAGUGUGCGACAUGUCAUUACCCACACCAUCACGUACAAAACAACAGAGCUUGAUGCCCCACCAAAGGGAAAGCGGAGAAAGCAGAAUCACGAAAACAACGAGUCAAAUUGAUUUUUUUUUUUUUUUCUGGGGUUUGCUUCUUAGGGUUUGGCCUGGGGUUUUAAGUGUUAGGCUGGGUGUCUGGAGUUUUCAUGGGAUAUUGUGUAUAUUCAGCGCAGGAACUACAAUAUCCAAUCCUUUCUUUCUUCCUUUUUCUUUUGUGAACAUCUGAUUUGGCUCUUAUGCGAAUAAUAAUCUAGAAAUUUAUGUUAGCGUCGAGGCGCUAUAAAUCAAUAUACUAUCUUUUAAUCUCA